AUGGCGGGCAAAGAGGCAACAGUGUUCAUUCUUGACCUCGGUCAGUCAAUGGGCGAGAAGAGACACGGGCGAGACCAGACAGAUCUUGACUGGGCGCUGGAGUAUGUGUGGAACAAAAUCACAACUACUGUCGCAACAGGUAGGAAGAGCUCGCUCAUGAGCGUCAUCGGCUGCCGCACUGAUGAGUCCGACCUCGCUGGGACUAUGGAGGAGAGUGAGGGUUAUGAGAACAUUAGAGUUUUCUCGGAACUGAAACAAUAUCUGCUUGGCGAUAUCCGGAAUUUACAGGAGCAACUCAAGCCCAGUAAUACAAACGAUGGCGACUUACUGUCUGCCCUUGUGGUAGCAAUUCAUAUGGUAGAAAACGCAACAAAGGGAGCCAAAGGCAACCCACUGAAGUAUGACCGCAGGAUCAUCAUUGUGACUGAUGGUCGUGGUCAGAUGGUCACUGAUGAUUUGGAGGAACUGGCCACGAAGAUCAAAGACCCUGCUGCUCCGUUUGAGAUUGUGCUACUUGGCCUGGACUUUGACGAUGCCGAGGUCGAUUUCAAAGAAGAAGGAAAAGAGCCCCAAAAGGCACAAAACGAGGAGAUUCUCAGGAGCUUCGUAGAUGAUUGCGAUGGCAACUUUGGUACACUCGCUACAGCCAUAGACCAACUACACGUCCCUCGCCUGAAGGAGACCCGCCCUGUACACAACUACCGAGGCUCGCUUACUUUGGGAGAUCCCCAAAAUUACGAGGCUACCAUUACCAUCGACGUUGAGCGGUAUCCGUGUACCAUGCUUGCGAAGCCGCCCACGGCGAGCUCCUUUAUAGUACAGGGUGACGUCAAGGACGAAUCUGGCCAAAGUGGACAGUCAUCUAUGACUAUGACUGGCGACAACCCUCCGACAACUGACUUGUCCGCGGUACAUAAUUCACGUAUUUAUCAGGUGGAUGAUAAAGAUCACCCUGGUACUAAAACUACCGUCGAGAUGGAGGAACUAGAACGAGGUUUUGAGUACGGCAGAACGGCAGUGCACAUUUCAGAGUCGGAUAUGAAUGUAGUUAAGCUGGAAACACAGCAAUCUUUGGACUUGGUGGGCUUUAUCAAGGCUGAGGAGUUUGAGCGAUAUCUACCGCUGAGUCGCGCAAACUUCAUUGUUCCCCAAAAAGCCAACCAGCCUGCACAACUCGGCCUAUCUUCAUUCAUCCACGCUCUAUACGAAGCUGAUUGCUACGCCAUCGCUAGGCUAGUGGCAAAAGAUCUAAAGCCUCCAGUUCUGCUGUUGCUCGUCCCACGUAUAGAGUUGGAAUGGGAGGCUCUGGUAGAUGUCGAGCUGCCUUUUGAAGAAGACAUGAGGCGGUACAAGUUCCCACCGCUUGAUCGAAAACUCACAGUCAGCGGCAAGACCAUUACCGAGCACAAAGAUCUACCCACGGAUGAUCUUCUGGACGCCAUGAGCGAGUACGUGGAUGCAAUGGAUUUAUCUACUUUUGGCCGCGACGAAGAUGGGAACGAGGAAGAGUAUGCAAAGCCGGAAGACACAUUCUCGCCUCUCGUCCACCGUAUCAACCAUGUCAUACAAUGGCGAGCCACACAUCCCGAACCUGGACUGCCGAUUCCCGAUCCACCGGAAAUUCUACUGAAAUACUCAGUCCCACCAGCAGCGCUACUAGCAUCAACAGAAAAGCAUCUCGAGGCUUUGGAGAAAGCAGCAGACGUGAAGAAGGUGCCGCCAAAAGUCAAGGGGCGCGGUAAGCGUCAGCGUGCUGAACGCGACAAGCCACUCUCGGGUCUCGAUGUUGAUGAGCUUCUCGGUAAACCGAAACGCGUCAAGAUCGAAGCGAACAAUCUCAUCCCUUCGUUCAAACAAGCCCUUGACGUGUGUGACACCGUCGAGGCUAUUCAAGAAGCCGCAGAUAGUAUAGCGAAAGAAGUCCGGUCGCUCAUCAGCAACAGUGUCGGCGAUAGUGCGUAUGCACGUGCGCUCGAAGCCAUCCGUGUGAUGAGGGAAGAAAUCACGAGCCUUGAGGAGCCAGAGAUAUACAACGAAUUUGUGAAGCAGCUGAAAGAAGACAUAUUAGGCGGCAAGCUCAACGGCAACCGAAGGGACAUGUGGUGGAAGAUCAAAGGGAACAAGUACGGACUCAUCGAUAUGAAGAGGUGCUAUCAUAGUUCCGUUACUGAGGACCAGGCGAGAAGAUUCUAUGAGAUUUGA